AUGACCAUUUGGCUGGGCAGGUCUUCAAUCCAGGCUUGUUUCCAUUCCCAAGUCACCACCUAUCACCACUCAGAGCUAAUGUUUACCGGUGCCGGCGCCGGCUCCCGAUCCUUCGGUGUCACUGCCCUCUCACGUCAGACAAUGGGGUCGAGAUCCCGAGUGGACGCAUACAAACCGGACAAGUUUACUGGCUCUCGUCAACCCUCGAUGCCGGGCCGGUGCAAGUCACAGUGGGCUACGAGCAGGCAUGCAAGCUGA